AUGAUCACCAUAAACAAACACGUUCUUUACAUUAUAUUAUCAUCACGUAUCGUUCUGGCCGCUCAGCCAUAUUUGGGUUGUGUAGAUUCUUACUCCGAAGGCGAUUUUGCCUACGACAUUGAUGAGGGCUCAACCUGCUUAGCUACAUGUACCGGUCAAGGAUUCGCGUAUUCAUUUACGAAUUUCGGCGGCCAAGGGGAUUGUGGGUGCAGUAAUUCACCUGCUUUACCUCUAGAUUAUAUCGAUUCUGGAUCGACCGAUUCAUCAUGUACGAGUGGAUACCUCACACAAAGGACAUCUAGUCGAUUCGAUCAUUUAGACUGUACCGGCCCAAACGGUGAAGUAUUUUUCGAUCAAACAGAAACAUUGCAAUUCCAAACAAUCCAAGAAUGUUUCGAUAAUUGUCAAUCGUAUACUUUUGCCGUGGCAAGACCUAAUCCUGAAACGCAGUAUUUCUCUUGUUUCUGCGGUAACGAUCAAGGUGAAUUUCAAUAUACUCCACAAGUAUGCGAUGCGAAUAGCGAAUACAUCUAUCAAGUUGCAGGUGAAUCCCCUUCGGAGGUGGUUGGUAGAAGACGAUUGAACGAGAGAAGGGAAUUGAUAAGACAAAGGAAGAUGGCGGCUGCUGGUAAGGCGCCGAAAUGCCCCAAGGGAUUGACUGCUUGUAAUGUCCCAGGUGUUGAGGAUGCCUACGAGUGCAUUAAUACCGAUGUGGAACUUGAAUCUUGCGGAGGAUGCGUCCAUGCCAAGUUCGGGGAGAGCCUCAUGGGUAGAUCCAAGGGAAGGGGUGUAGAUUGCACGACUCUGCCAGGAGUAAGCCUCGGAGCAUCCACUUGCUACGAAGGCCAAUGCGAGGUAUACGGCUGUAAGAAAGAUUGGUAUUGGAAGAAUGGGGCAUGUGUGAAGAGGUAG